AUGAGCUCAUUAAGACAUCUGUGGCCAGUGGCCGUCGCAAGAGUUACUAUCCUAGGAAUUACUUUCAUCACAGGAUGUCUAUCAAUUGUGUACACCCAGUUCAUAGGAUUGAAAAUCUUUCGAGAUGAUGCCGGUAAGAAACAAACACUAAUCAAUGUGACAAAGAAUUAUUUCGUAAUAUUGAUAAGUUUCAUCACUGCCUUGAUUAAUCCUUGUAAGCUAUCUAUAACGUACGACGUUAAAAGUAUGCCACCGGGAGACAAGUUUAGUGUUUCAAGUAAUGGAUCUUUAUCGAGCAUUUUAGUUCCAAACUCUAUCUUGAUCUCGAAUCACCAGAUAUAUACUGAUUGGUUGUUUUUAUGGUUCAUAUCAUAUACUGCAAAAUUGGGUGACUCAGUGUACAUAAUAUUGAAAGACCUUUCAAAAAUUCCUAUUUUGGGCUAUGGUAUGAGGAAUUACAACUUCUUGUUCUUAUCGCGGAAGUGGGCCAGAGAUAAAAUAGUACUCACAAAUCAAUUAUUGAGUAUCGGAGCGAAUGCAAGAGGUGUUGGUCCUGCCAAUGGUGUUACUCAUGUUUCUUCAACUCAUACUUCGAAUUCCAAUGAGUUUGGCAAUGUCAUAAAGUGGCCGCAAGGCUCAAACGAGAGACAGAUAUGGCCUUAUCAAAUAAUUUUGUUUCCGGAGGGGACAGUAAUUGCACGAAAUACAAGAGAAAGGUCUGAUAAAUACUGCAGAAAGAAGAAUCUUCCCAUAAUGAAACAUGUACUCAUACCUAGAAUAAGGGGAUUGUUUUUGGUUUUGAAAAAGUUGAGGGAUUCUGUAGAAGUUGUGUACGAUAUCACUACCGGCUAUUCGGAUCUUAAAGCUGAUGAGUAUGGUGAAGAUAAAUUCUCUUUAAAACGAUUUUAUGUGUUGGGUAAGGGCCCAAAAAUGAUUAAUUAUCAUAUCAGAGCAUUCUAUGUGAAAGAUAUUCCAUUAGGAGAAGAUUGUGAAGAUAUUGACGAUGUCAAUGAAGAAGAUUUGAAAAAGUUCGAGGAUUGGUUGUUCAAAAUUUGGUAUGAAAAAGAUAAACUCAUGGAUAAUUUUUUCAAUUAUGGUCACUUCCAUGAUCCAUUAGAUUUGGAAGAGGCUGAUCUUGCUAAAAAAAAUACCGUUGUUGCCGAUUUCAAGCUUAAGUCGGCCUUAGAAAUCAUUUCUCCCUUCAUUCCUGCUUUGGUAUCUCUUUUAUUAUUGAGAAUAUUAUGGGUACUAGUGAAACUGAUCAUUUGGGGAGGCUUUGUCUGA